UCCGCAGCACAGCGCAUGGAGCCCGGCGGGGACCACCGGAGCCGGAGCGGCGGCGAGGGCGGCCCCGGGCCCGCAGUGUCCUCGGCACGGGGCCGACGGCUGCCGCCCGCUGCCGCGAGCGGCGGCGCGGAGCCCGAGGAGGACGACGGCGGACAAGCUCUUCAGCUGGAAGGGGGUGCCUUGGGGUCCUGGGGAAGUACCCCCCUACCCUCCUCCAGGGCCAGGGGACCAGCAUCUUCAGGCAGGAAAUACUCAGAUCAUUGUGAGGCUCGGGCCUCGAGGCCUGGAAAGAGCCGCAUCCCUGGCAGGGACCAUCGGCGUUACUACCAUGACCACUGGCGACUGGAGUACCUGAUGGAUUUCAUUCCCUCCCGGCACGGCAUGGUGUGCAUGGUGUGCGGCAGCUCCCUGGCCACCCUCAAGCUCAGUACCAUCAAGAGGCACAUCCGCCAGAAGCACCCCUACUCCCUUCACUGGAGUCCCCGAGAGAAGGAAGUCAUCAGCAGCAGCUGGGAUGCCCAUCUGGGGCUGGGGGCCUGUGGUGAGGCUGAGAGCCUGGGGGCCCAGGGGGCUGAGGAGGAGGAGGAGGAGGAAGAUGAAGAGGAGGAGGAGGGGGCCAACCUUCAAGCUUGCCCACCCAAGGGCCCAGGCAAAGCCCCAGCUGGUGGGGGCUGCCGGCGCCAGCGGCGAGGGGUUCGAGGGGGCCCAGUGGCACCUCGGCGCCGGCGGCUGUCAGCCUCCCGAAGGGCUGGGGGCAGCAGGGGACUGGGGCCCCGGCGCCUGGAGCGGAGGCUGAAGGAGUCCCUGCAGAACUGGUUCCGGGCCGAGUGUCUCAUGGACUACGACCCACGGGGGAAUCGGCUGGUGUGCAUGGCCUGUGGCCGGGCACUGCCCAGCCUGCACUUGGACGACAUCCGUGCUCACGUGCUGGAGGUGCACCCCAGCUCCCUAGGGCUCAGUGGCCCCCAGCGCAGUGCCCUGCUGCAGGCCUGGGGUGACCAGCCUGAGGCUCUGUCCGAGCUCACCCAGUCCUCACCAGACGAUGACCUCGUCCCCCAGGACCUGACCAGAAAGAGCCGGGACUCCGCCCCCGCUGCUGGAGCCCCCUCCUCUCAGGAUCUCAGCCCCCCAGACGUAAAGGAAGAGGCUGGCUGGGUGCCUGAGAGGCCCGGGCCGGCAGAGCAGGAGGAGGAGGAGGCGGAGGAGGGCGAGGGCGAGGGCGAGAGGGCGGGCAUCCCGGUCCGGCCUCGGAGGGGCCGAGACCAUCGCCGCCACUACCAGGAGCGCUGGCGGCUGGAGUACCUCAUGGAGCUGGACGGCUGCCGGCGCGGCCUGGUGUGCAUGGUGUGCGGGGGCGCGCUGGCCUCGCUCAAGAUGAGCACCAUCAAGCGACACAUCCGCCAGCGCCACCCGGGCUCCACCAGCCUCAGCGGGCCAGUCAAGGCCCUCAUCGCCCAGGAAUGGAGCGAGAAGGCUGCGCACCUGCUGGCUUUGGGGCUGCCCAGCCCGGAGUCCCCCAACGACCCUGUCGCCCCCAGUGCAGCCUCGACCUCUGAGGAGGGGGGAGGGGCAGAGGAGGCGGAGCCAGAGGAGGAGUGGUGGGGCGACGCGCCGGUGUCCCCCGGGGCUCCAUCGGAGCGGCCGGCCGAAGAAGAGGAGGAUGAAGAUGACGGUCAGGAGCCCGGGGGGCUGGCCUUCCCGCCGCUGCCAUUGCCCCCGCCGCCCCCUCCCCCGCCGCCGCCGCCGCGCAGCCGGGAGCAGCGGCGCAACUACCAGCCGCGCUGGCGGGGCGAGUACCUGAUGGACUACGACGGCAGCCGGCGCGGCCUGGUGUGCAUGGUGUGCGGGGGCGCGCUGGCCACGCUCAAGGUGAGCACCAUCAAGCGACACAUCCUGCAGGUGCAUCCCUUCUCCAUGGACUUCACCCCAGAGGAGCGCCAGACCAUUCUGGAGGCCUACGAGGAGGCUGCACUGCGCUGCUACGGCCACGAGGGCUUCGGGCCACCGGCCCCGGCGCCGCGGGACGGCAGUGCAGACCUAAAGCCGGGCGCGGUUUGUCGCGCGUAGCACUCGCCCUGCGCUGGCCUGGCCCUUGGGCUGAGAGACCCUGAUGUCAGGCGCUGGGCUCCCCCUCCCCGCUGGCCGGGCUGGACCGGGGUUGGGGAUGGGGAGGCGCCCGCCACUGUCCCCCGGUGGCGCUCUGAUGUGCCGCUAGUCCCUGCGCUGCCGGUGCACACUGGCCCCGGGGUCCCAGCGCGCUUUGCGCGGGGUCCCGCGCUUCUCGAAAAGCCAAAGCGCCUCUCCAGUGUUCACAACGAAUGCUCCCGGCCGCGCCCAAGGGCGCAGUGCUGCCAGGCCGGGGUGGGGGUGCCCGCAGUCAGUAUUAGGGUUGAAGGCAGGGCGCAGGGAAGUCAGGAUAGACGCGCUGGCCGCUCGCCCUGGCCGAGGGCCCAGAUCUGUGCGGCCUCGCACGCCCUCGGGCUUGGCUCUCGGCUCCCAGGCUGCUGGCUGUAGGGUCCAAAUUGGUAUUCUCGGUCUCUCAGAGGCCCAGGCGGCAGACUGGGGCAAAGGAGGGGGCGGGACGAGGGCGGGCGGAGCGAUGGCACCCAGUCAUCUGCGCCAGCUUCCCGGGCUGGCCCAGGGGACCGUGCAUCCAUCCUGGGCCGCUGCCAUGCCUUCGGGACCGGGGUCAUAAAGGGAUUAGCACUUUUUUCCUUAACCUCUCUUGCUCAGAGAGCGUGUUACCCACCCAGUGAAAGCGGCGGGCGCGCUCCUGGUCCAGCGCCAGCACUGUGCGAGCUCGGGGCACUGGGUGGUUAGUCUCUUAUUACUGCCCCCACUGAACGUGAUUCGUCCUCGGUGGAUGCGACACCGGUUCUCAGCUCCCAGGGCUUGGGGCCGGGCCUUGGCCUCUCUUGCUCUUACCCGUGGUGCCAGAAGGGCCCCUCAAUCUCCCAGGCAGGUCCGAGAGGGAUGUGUAGAUUUCAUUCUCCCGUGGAGAACAGGUGGUCCCAAGAUCAGGCCCUUUUUUGCUCUUUGUAUUUUAUUUUGAAACUGUAUUUAAUGCUUUUUAUAUGAAAGGGAGAGGGGAACUGGCCCAAUCACCCUUAUGUGCAAAUGUCUUAUUUAUUAUUCGUGUAUCAGAGAUAAGCUGUGAGGUGAUGGAGAAGGACAAGAGAUGGGCGUGUGGCGAGGGGAUUAGGAGGAUACUAAAUAUCCCAUGUUCCCCUGGCCUUGUUUCUAGGUCCGGUGUCUGCUCUUCACAGAGGGAAGCCACUGAAGGCACUGUGCCCUCCUUUUAAAGUCAGGGUGUGGUGGUCAGGAGAUGGAACUUGGGAGGGGCCCUAGGUUCUGGGGUCAGUGUAGCCCCUGUGGUGAGAAAACAAGAAAAAGAAAUCCCAUCUCUCACCCGCCAGAGCCAGAGCUCAAGGUUCAAGUGCCUCAGGCCCAGUUCCCUAGACUUUCUGGUCGACAGUUGGAUUUUAUACCACGGAUUUUAUAGCAUUUUUAUAUAAUUUCAAGAUUGUCAGUGGGAAAGGACCCUGGAGAUCACAAAUUGAUCCCUUUCAGAGAGAGGAGCAAAAUUCUGAAACCCAGAAAUUAUUGCUUAGCCAGCUAGGAACAAGUCAAGAACUAGAAUGAAAAACUCCCAGUUCAGUGAGCUUUGCACUGUAUUGCACUGCUUUCAGGAUUUCUUUACCCGUUAGGCCUGCCAAGAUUCGUGUUGGCACUGCAGGCCCGCAGCACUUGUGACUCCUGAGGACAGCAAAGCAUUGCACUUCCUGGGAAUAAGGAUGAAGGCGGCUUUCAGCACUGCAGGCCUGGGGCAGUGAGGGGUGAGGAGAGGGCCCAACUCCAGGUGGGGCCUACCUCUCCUGGGGCCGAGGUUUCUCCAGCAGAAGGUGGCUCCGUAUCAGUGCUUGUUUUAAAGUUAUCAGAUAUUCUGGAACGGCUGCUGGCUCAGUUAAAUUCCAGUUUUGACCAGCCAGAGUUUUGGAGACAGUAUUAAAAUCUUUAGAACAGGUUAUGGAUGGUGCCAGGCUGGGCACUGACAUUUUUUUUUUUUACUUUUCAUCAUGCAUGUUUUUAAACAGAGUAUUCUCUCCUGCCUCUACACCACCUUUUAUAAACAGUAGGCAAAAUUGGAGCUGCUGAUUGUCAUCACCAGGGCUCCCUGCUGAAGUCCAGGUUAGCAGGGGCAGAAGUUAGAAAUGGUUUUCCCCUUGAGAGGCAGCCCCAGACUAGCAUCAUUUUAGGCACUUGCUAGAGACAGAAAUCCUUGGGCCCACCUGACUAAGUCAGAAGGGUGGGGCCCACAGUGUAUUCCCAUAGGCCCUUCCCACAGCUGCAGCUCCCAGGGAGGUUGUCUGGCAAGUACCUCUUCAGUGAUUCUACCAUGACUGGAUGGCCUCUAGGGUCAAGGGGUUGGUGGGUCUCCUCCCUCGGGAUUCUGAUUGAACAGGUGAAAUUUCUUCAUUGUUUUGUUAAUGGUAUGCUUGCUAUUAUGGCCCAUAUGUAAAUGUUACUCUGGAUACAUAUUUAUAUGCCAUGUUACUUAGUGACACUAUUCAAACAUUUGUAUGUGUAUUUGUGAAGUUGUUUGCAUCAGUCAUUUAAAAAGUAUUUCAGUCUAAGUUUUCCCGAGAGGUAUGUUGAAUAAAAUCUUAAAAGUCCAGCACGAGUCACAGCCAACUUAGUUCUGGGGCAGAAUGAAUGGGAUGAGUUCUGAUGUCAGAUCAGGUGUGCCAUGACCAGCUCAGUUUCAGCUUUUGGCUGCAUGCGGUUUAUGGGCUGCUUCCUGUGGUAAGUGGGGACCCUUCCCAUUCCCAGGCUGGUGAGAAGUUGAACCAGGCCCUUUAACCCAAGUCACUUCUAAGGUCACCUUUUACACAGUCUUCACUUCAUUUUAGAAACCAAAUCAGUGCAGCUCUGCUCAGUGCCCGGAGUCCCUGCAAUCUUGGGAGUUCUUUUUGAAGGUUCCCGGAAUGUGGGUGAGAGCAAGUGAAAGCCUUUCGUUCUCACUUCACCCAAACUGUGUAAAAAGAAUAAAGUUGCAGACUGA